GACCCCCAGGGACGCGCUGACAUAGAGGGCGGGAAUCAUAAGGUGCUCCUUGACUCGCCCACAGUGGAGAAAUCCAUCGACGCUCUCUUCCACGGCAAAUCAGGUUUGGCUUGACGAGGUGAUUAAUGACUUCACUUUUAUGGUUGUAGGAUAAAAGUAUGGGACAUAAUGCGGUAUUCUUUUCCUUCAGAGAGUAGACUUUUAUUAGUAUUAAGGGUAGGAUACCUAAGUAUGGUAUCAAUAACAACUAUCUUAUAAUUACUUCUCACGUGGUUCAUAAGAUUCAUUCAUGGUGAUAAUGAUAUAAAUCGUGGAAUUUGAACCGCAAGCAGAAACCCAAGCAGAUCAAUACAAUGAAUACUGAGAUAUAUUCUAAUGAAUUAAAAUCAAUAAAGAGUUAUCAAAACAUGAUAGGUGGAGGUUGAUGUGCUUUUCAAAAUUCUGAAGAGAUGCUACAAGGUACACUGUCGAUGGGCACAAAUCAGAGUCCUGAUUGGCUCUUUCAGAUGUCUAAACAACAUUUCCCGGAGAUUAUUUUCUCUAUGGGGUAAUCAUGAUCAUAUUUGCUUCAACCGCGCGUAUAUAUCAGCAUUGCCCAAAUAGGAAAUGAAUAUUCCGUCUAUCAAACACCCUGGUGAGCUGGGAGUGUAUACUGCCAUCAAUGAAUAUUUCGCAAGUUUCUACUUCUGGAGGUAGAUUCCCAAAAAUGGCAUCUUAAAAACCAAAGUAUUACCAAUCAUGUUUUGCUUUUCUUGUUUACUAGCGUUUUUCUUAUUUUUUAUCUUUCUUAACUCAAGUUCUCAUCAACUUAAGCUUCCAAGUUAUCUUUCCACCUUCAUUCAGAUUGUAUUCCACAAAUCAGUUCUAUCCUGCUGUAUUGAAGAGAAUCGAGUUCUAAUUUUGAGAACUUGACUGAGAAGCCAACAGAACAGGUAAGAUUCUUGCGAGGAGAAGACUGCCAUUUAUGACUAGGUCUACCGAGGAUAAUAUUAUCUUGAGAAAUGUAGAGUCAAACAACAGUAGCUUCCUCACUAGGGAGAAGUCAAAUCCUGGUACCACUCCCCGGGAUAGCGAAAAGCUCAAUAAUACACCUGAGCAAGAAGCACUAUCAUCUCGCGAAAUCACGGGUUUUAGAUGGGCCUUGGUAAUAAGUGCUAUAUCAUCCUCCAUCUUUCUCUACGCUCUUGACAACACCGUCGUUGCAGAUCUUCAACACUUUAUCAUCACACACUUUGGGGAAGUGCAAAAGCUCCCAUGGUUAAGUGUCUCUUUCCUCCUAGGCGCAACCGCGACGAACUUAGUUUUGGGGAAGAUCUACACUCAAUUUAACGCGAAAUGGUUCUAUGUAUUCAGCGUCUUCGUUUUUGAGUUGGGAUCAGCGGUUUGUGCUGCUGCUCCAUCAAUAAAUGCUGUGAUUGUGGGUCGUACUUUAUGUGGUAUUGGAGGCGCAGGACUGUAUGUCGGAUGUAUGACUCUUAUUGCCUUCACAACGACUAUUUCAGAACGUCCUUUAUAUAUCUCAGUAACCGGACUUACUUGGGGAAUUGGUAUUGUUCUUGGUCCUGUUAUUGGAGGUGCUUUCAGCCAAUCUUCGGUUGGGUGGAGAUGGGCAUUUUAUAUCAAUCUUCUCAUUGGUGGAGUUUUUGCGCCAGUGUAUAUUUUCAUGAUUCCUAGUAAAGAUGCUCGUUCAGGAGUUCCAUUCAAGGAGCGUGCAGUCGAAAUGGAUUACGUCGGAAUAAUUCUUCAAGCUGGAGCUUUCACUAUGUUUGUAAUGGCAAUCAACUGGGGCGGAAAUAUCUAUCCAUGGAAAUCAGGGCAAGUGAUCGAUCUUUUUGUGGGAUCUCGAGUAUGCUUCAUUCUUCUUAGCAUUCAACAAAGUCUAGUUUUGCUCACCACCUCGGCACGUCGAAUAAUCCCCGUUGAAUUUGUCAGUUCUCGUACCAUCAUGAUCCUGUUUGCCGUCACCGCUGCUUCCGGGUCUUCAGCAUUCGUUCCAAUUUAUUUCAUCCCGAUCUUUUUCCAGUAUACCCGCGACGAUGGACCUCUGGAUGCUGGUAUCCGUUUAUUACCCUUCAUUGUUGUUAUGGUUGUCAUGGUAUUUUCUAAUGGUGCUCUAAUGGCCAAAUGGGGCUACUACAUGCCAUGGUACCUGUUUGGUGGCCUUUUGGCCACAGCUGGAUCUGCCUGCAUAUACACCGUUGACCUCGAUAUCUCUCUAAGUCGUAUUUACGGAUAUACGGUCAUUAUCGGAGCUAGGAUUGGAAUGUGGCUUCAAGCUUUCUUUUCUGUCGCUCAGGCAGUUGUUGAACCUGCGCUCAUAGGUGCAGCUGUUGGCUUCAUGACUCUCGCGCAAUUCGCAGGGAUAACCAUUACGCUUGCAAUCGCGAAUUCCGUUUUUCUCAAUACGAGCCAGAGUCGCAUUUUAGAUAUUCUUCCAAAUGUCCCACUAGCAGAGAUCCAGGCUGCAAUGCAGGGAUCAGGAACGGAUUUCAUGAAGACUCUAAGCCCAGAUCAGAAAACUGCAGUCUUAGAGGCCAUCGUCGAGGCUAUUGGUAAAACAUACAUUCUAGUCAUUGCUGCUGCCUCAUUGGUCGCGGUUUUGAGCCUGUUCAUGAAAAGAGAGACGUUGUUCAUUAGUGCUGCUGUUGCGGCGGGUUAAACUGGGGCAAAUUUACCUUCAGAUAGUGCUUUUUAAGGGUACAGUCUCUUGGUUAAACUAUUUGGAGUUGUAUAAUUGGUUGGACGGUAAAAUUAUUUUCGACCCCAGGCCAGGUUGCAAUCUUGCUCUUCUAUUCUCUAUCUUCCUUUAGAACAGUUUAUUUUCUUCUGUACCAAUUUGAUAGUACAGCUACACAUCCAUGAAUCGCACUCAUACUACGGACCUUUUGACGCAAAAGAAGCGAAAUAAUCGAGAGGGUUACGGUUAUAUUUUCUAGUAGAAUGUUCAAACUAUUGACUGAUUCCAUCGUCUUGCGACCCUUAUCUAAGGUUUGGGUUGCCCUAUUGACCGAGUCUGUAGCGGCUUGUAAAUUUGCUCUGAAAGCA